UCUCCUCAGACCUGUCCCACAUAAUCUUUCCAGUUAUUUUACGCUUUCAUUGGCAUACACUAUUCGACACUUUUUUUUAAGACUGGGACUCAUUUUUCUCUAAUAAUGUUCGUCACUUCUACAAAAUGAUCCGGGCGUGAAGGGGUUCAAUGGCCGUUCUGUUGGACAUCCGGCGCCUCGAGCCGAUGAUGAACCACAACGAAUCGUCGGCCAACCUGACCACCCUCACGCACGAGCCAGUGUCCUUCGGAAACCCCACCUUCCAGGAUGAUCUCCAACCAGACGACACAUGGUCUCCAACGACCCCCUCUGUCACGGUCAACAUGCUCGACUCGGCCACGAACAACAACGACAGCCGUCUCGAUGACCAGAACAAGCCUAAGAAAGCGGGACUCAGUUCCUCCGAUUCUGGAAUUCUGAUCUGCGUGCCUGUCAGUUCUUCCAACGAUGACAAUUCUUCUUUGGGAGAGAAGAGCCUGGAUUCUGGAGUUUUCGAAAAUGGCGGGGGCGGCGGGGAUGGAUGGUCCCCCGGCGAUGCGCCCCGCAAGGAGAAGGCAGGAGCUUCUCCUGAGGAGCAAGAGAGCUUACUGGCCAUUUGCAUCCAGGUCUUCAUUCCUUUCCUCAUUGCUGGCGCUGGAACUUGCGGAGCUGGGAUAGUACUGGAUCAUGUGGAAGACUGGUCCGUGUUUCAGAACGUCACCGAAUUAUUUAUCCUCGUACCGACGCUUUUGGGUCUGAAAGGGAACCUGGAGAUGACUUUGGCUUCGAGAGUUUCAACGCAGGCUAAUCUUGGCAAGCUGGAGUCUGCGAAGGAGAAAUGGCAAAUGGCGUGGGGAAAUAUGGCUCUUAUACAAUGCCAGGCCACGGUGAUGGGUUUCUUGGCAGCCAGUUUCGCCACUACCAUGAGUAUUGCAAACGGUGGAUUCAAUCCCCACCACGCCCUACUCCUUUGCGCCAGUGCUCUCUUCACAGCGGCAAUGGCGAGCUUGGUACUAGGAGCCAUCACCAUAGCAGUCGUAAUCGUCUCCCAUAAGUGUAAUAUUAACCCGGAUAACGUGGCCACACCUAUCGCAGCUUCUCUUGGUGACGUUACGACUCUGGGUCUUCUGGCAGCAAUCAGCAGCUACCUUUAUCACUUGAGAGAAAACUUCGCUCCUUCUACAGUGACAAUAGGAGUUUUCAUCCUUCUGGUUCCAUUUUGGGCAUAUCUGUCUUACAAAAACCCGUUCGUGAAGCAAGUCCUGUAUUCUGGCUGGAUACCGGUCAUCAUGGCUGUCGUUAUCACCAGCGCUGGUGGCUAUAUAUUGGAGUUCUCCGUAACACAGUUCAAGGGGUUUGCUAUCUUCCAGCCCGUUAUCAAUGGUGUUGCUGGAAACUUGGUAGCUGUUCAAGCGAGUCGGAUAUCGACGUAUUUUCAUCGAAACAGUGACAAGCCCGGAUCUCGACCGCCAGACGGCUCUGCACUCUGCAUUUCCCCAUUUUCCGCCUUUUUUGGACGUUCACCCCAUGCGAGGACUGCGCGCAUUCUGAUGGCGAUGGUUCUACCCGGGCACAUUCUGUUCGGGUACACGAUCACCCUGAUCAAGGGCGGAGACACUGUGCUCACCCUUACUUUCCUGCCCAUCUACCUCAUUUCGGCAUUCUUGCAGAUUGCACUUCUGUUGUACAUCGCACAGUGUCUCAUUCAAAUUUUGUGGCGGCUAAAAAUCGACCCAGACAAUUCAGCCAUUCCUCUGCUAACAGCUUUAGGUGAUUUGAGCGGAAUGGCUUGCCUCACGAUCGCUUUCUUCAUCCACAACAGUUUCUUCACUCCAUGAGUUGGGAUCGUUUAGGCAACUUGAGCUGAAAAUAGUCUUGCUGUAGAAUGAUGAUCGUCAUUCUGCAGCAGAGACCUCACUUUAAAGCAGCCUCUGUGAUGUACGUCAAAAUCAACAGCAGAAUUAGAUGCCAAAGUCUGAAGUAAUCUAACAGGUCAUUUUUUAAGAGCUCUUAAAGUCUUGCUGUUAUUAGCUGGGAAUAUUCCAACUACAUUUCCUGCUCUGAACUGUAACGGCUCAACGAAUAAGAACAACUUGAACUUUUGAAACGAAUGCAUUUAAAAAGAUCUAAGUUAAAUUUACCUAGGUCACCCGAUGAUUGUUGUAUUUAUUAUGUUUUUCCGUGCUGUUGUACACUCUGGCUGAGUACAUCUUUGAGGAAAAUUGACCCAUCUACUGUUGUUCUGAACAAGUUUCAAUGCAUUGUUUAAAAAGAUUCUUUGAGUCAGUUAGGAAAGGAACAAAAUGAAUAAUUCGAAGAUUUCACCUCUACUGAGGAACCAAUAUCCUCGUCAUAACUGACUCUAAGUUGAUAAGAUUACAGUAAACCGGCAAAUGUUGAAUUUGUUACUUGGUUCUUUCCUUCUAUAAACGUGCGUAUGUGGUUGCAAUUCUGAAUUAAUGAACUCAAAUAAUGUUUGGACAACAGGACAUGUUAAUUAUGUUGUUUAAAUGCAUAGUGUUGCGAUCCUGACCAGUAUUGAUCUGCUGUGAUAGUUUAUGUUGCAAAUUUUCGUGCGCGACGCUCAGUUCAAAAAUAAAUCAAAUUCAAGGGGCGUAUUUUUAAAAUGAAUUGGUAAUAGCCCAUAACUAUUAGCCAUUUUUUAAAUAAUAAAAUAUUUAUUAAGUUAACAUAACAUGAUGACUUGUGAUUAUAGGGAAACAAAAAUUAAGUCGACUACUUUUAGAAAACAAACUUUAAGGUAAGGUGUUUUAAGUGACUUGGCCGAAGGGAAAUUACAUUUGCAUGAUUUUUAGUCACUUCAAACAAUAAUAACUUGUUAUUUCUUGCACCUCGUAAUUUUUCAAAACUUAAAUUGAAUUUCUAAAAUUUUCUUAUAGGCAUUUUUAAAUGAUAGCCGUUAUUAACUGAAAUUAUUGUAAAUUUUAAAAUGAAUGUCAUGAUAAAUGAUAUGCAUUUUGAAAUGGUAAAUGAAAUGAUGAUGAUAAGUAUUUUGAGUGAAAGCAGGAACUUUAUGCGCGUUGAGUUUAGAAUUUUAGAAUAUUGUUAGAUAAGUUUACAACUUUAAAAAAAAAGAUAUAGCAUUUUUCUUUUGAAAUUUUCUUUUUAAGUUUAACACUUGUUUAACGUUUUACAAAUAAAUCUUACUGUUAAGUUGAAGAAGUCAACGUGCAAAAACAAAGUACAGAGUAGUUUGUUUGUAUAGUGCCAUCAAUUGGCUAUUUAAAUUUUAAAAGUUUUUUUUAUUGAAUUUUCUUUACUCUAAAAUAUAAUUGGCCAUUUUUUAUUUAUUUGCUUUGGUGAAAUAUUUCGCAACUCUAUAACUGUUAUUCUUAUGGUCUGCAAUAUCAACACAGUUUUUUUUAAGUAGAAGACUUCGUCAUGAUAGUCUUUUCUGCUCUGAGAAAGCACUUGCAGAUGGUAGUUAAAUGCCCUAGGUUUUUGCAACAAUUUUAGCUCUGAGCAGACCCACGAAUUUGCUGUUGAUAUAUCAAAAUGAAUGUGCCAGUGUUUUGUAGAUUGUGUGGUUUUUAAAGGAAAAUCCAUUUAAAAUGUGAUGGUAAACUGUGUUUCAUGCCCGGUAAGGAAUGAAUUUUUGUACAUAUGAAACAAGUUUUUAAAACAAUUGUAUGUAGAAACUUAAGUGUGUGCGUCUUAGUAAAUAUUUUAAAGUAAUGUAGGUUUGAUGUGUGUCAUUUUAGUGGGACCAAUACAGUUAAAUAGCACUUAUUUAGAGAUAUUGUUAUCUUCGUCAAUUUUUUUCUUGCAAUUUUUCGUAAGAAUGAUACUGAUGGUACUAUUUCGGUAUUGUGUUGCCAUUUUGUAGCUAUUUCUUUCGUCUUAUGCAGUAUAUCAACUGUGUACUUGAAUGUGAUAAUAAAAUCGUUUAAAUUCAAAGGCAAAAUCGCGAACUGCAGUACUUAGUACGGUUUCCACGAUAAAGUUGAAAAAUUUUAAAUACUGAACAAAGGGCUCCGCAUUAGUGAAAUAGUAUAGCAUUGCUAAAAAAAAUAAUACUAGUGGAAAUUUAAUUUUUAUAAAGUUUUAGAUAGUGUCAAAUGUAUUUUACCAUUGUUUUCUAAAUUUGAAUUGAUUCGUUUCGUGUUUAUUCACGUAAAAGUUUUGAACAAUAGUUCCUAAAAAAAUUAAGCGUAAAAACGUUUUAGAAAAUGUUAUUUUUAUGACGAAAUUGUAUUUCUUUAGAAAAUAGUGAAAUGGUGCUAAUGUAAAAAUAGUUGUAUAUCUUUUUGUAUGAAUAAAAUUGUUUAUGUAUGAGA